AUGAAGAACACACUUGCGGUCUGGUCACUCAUACUCAGCCUCCUCUGCCAUAUCACCACCGCAUUUCCUUCUUUCAAGGGAUCCACACUGAACCCGAGCACUGCCUGGCAGAUCUUACUGUACCAAAACAAGCGAUGCACCGGUCAAACCACCUCGUUCUCUGGAAACACCAGUCUGCCCUGCCACGAUGCUAUUCUCAACGGUGGUGCCCUGGGAUACAUUGUGCAAAUUGCCAACGGCACGAACUGCUCGGUUCAGCUGUUUAGCGACCCCAAGUGCAAGCAGACCAGCAACACCACUCUCACACUCAACUCAACCGCGUCGACCUGCCAAGUUAUGAGAAUCCAGGAGCAGGAUAUGGAAAUCCGGCGAUUUUCUGUCAUUUGUCGAGCGGACAAUCGGACGAGGCUCCAAUCUCAUGACCGUGUAUGA